AUGGCUUUCGACGGGACUUGGAAUAUCAACCGCAAUGAGAACUAUGACAAGUUCAUGGAAAAAAUGGGUAUCAACAUUGUGAAGAGGAAGCUGGCAGCCCACGACAACUUGAAACUGAUCAUUACACAAGAAGGAAACAAAUUCACAGUCAAAGAAUCUAGCACUUUCCGGAACGCUGAGAUCGUUUUUGAGCUUGGUGUUGCUUUUAAUUACAGCCUAGCGGAUGGAACUGAACUCAGUGGGGCCUGGAACCUGGAGGGAGGUAAACUGGUUGGCAAAUUCAAGCGCGUAGACAAUGGAAAUGAGCUGAACGCAAUCCGCGAGGUUGUCGGCGGCGAACUGGUCCAGACUUACGUGUACGAAGGCGUCGAAGCCAAGCGGAUCUUCAAGAAGGAGUGA